AUGUCUCCUUCAGUCGCUAGCCAAAAGACCUACCGCAUCGCAUCCAUCCCAGCCGAUGGAAUUGGCCCAGAGGUCAUUAAUGCUGGUAUCACAGCUCUGAAUGCCUUGACCGAUACCCUCAAGACCUUCAAGCUGGAGUUCAAAAACUAUGACUGGAGCUCCGAGACCUACAAGAAGACCGGCAAAUACAUUCCCGAUGGUGGACUUGAGGAGCUUAAGAAGCACGACGCUAUUUUCUUCGGCGCCGUCGGCGCUCCUGAUGUCCCCGAUCAUAUCUCCCUGUGGGGUCUGAGACUCGCCAUCUGCCAGCCAUUCCAGCAGUACGCGAACGUGCGCCCAACACGGGUGUUCCGCGGCACCGAGUCCCCGUUGCGCAAGUGCGGGCCCAACGACCUCGACUGGGUGAUCAUCCGUGAGAACAGCGAGGGAGAGUAUGCGGGUCAGGGUGGCCGCUCCCACGCCGGAAAGCCGUGGGAGGUCGCUACUGAAGUUUCUAUCUUCUCCCGUCAUGGUGUAGAGAGGAUUAUGCGGUUCGCCUUUGAGACUGCUCAGAAGCGGCCGCGCAAGCUGUUGACUGUGGUCACUAAGAGUAAUGCGCAGCGCAACGGCAUGGUUCUCUGGGAUGAAGUGGCAAAGCUUGUUGCGGCUGAUUUUCCCGAUGUUACUGUGGACAAGAUGCUUGUUGAUGCCAUGACUACUCGCAUGGUUCUGAAGCCCGAGAGUCUGGAUACCAUCGUUGCUACCAACUUGCACGCUGAUAUCCUCUCUGAUCUCGCUGCCUCUCUGGCUGGAUCUAUUGGCAUUGCACCUACCUCUAACCUCGACCCUACACGGGAGUAUCCUAGUAUGUUCGAGCCCAUCCACGGUUCCGCUUUUGAUAUCACUGGCAUGGGUAUCUCCAACCCCGUGGCUACAUUCUGGACGGCCGCGGAGAUGCUUGCUUGGCUCGGCGAGGAGGAGGCUUCCAAGCAACUGUUGGUUUGUGUCGAGAAUGUCUGCGAGCAGGGAGUUCUUACCCGUGACUUGGGUGGUGACGCCACGACAAAGCAGGUCACUGAUGCAGUUGUGGCGGAGAUCAAGAAGCUUGCGAUCAGCAAGGCCAUUAGCCCACCAUUGCCACGAGGCUGCCCCCGACUGGCUGAUGGUAAAUUGACUGAUGGCCCUGGAGGCACUGCUCGCCCUGCCCAGAUCAUCAACUCGCCAAUACAACUUACCCAUAUUCAAGAUUUACCAGCUGGUAACAAUGUCGACACGGUCCGAUUACGCGAAAUUCUCGGAGAUCCCAUGAUCCGUGAAUGCUGGCAGUUCAAUUACCUCUUCGAUGUGGAUUUCCUCAUGUCACAGUUUGACGAGGAUGUCCGGGGUCUAGUGCAAGUGAAAGUCGUGCAUGGGUCAUGGCGAAAGGAGGACACGAAUCGGAUUCGAGUUGAGGAAGCCUGUUCGCGAUAUCCUAAUGUUGAGCCUAUUGUGGCCUACAUGCCAGAGCCUUUCGGCACACAUCAUUCCAAGAUGAUGAUUCUUCUUCGACAUGAUGACCUAGCUCAGGUUAUCAUCCAUACAGCAAACAUGAUCCAUAUGGAUUGGACCAAUAUGACCCAAGCCGCCUGGCUCUCUCCACUGCUUCCCCUGCAGAAGACAAGCUCGGCAGAACCUCAAACAGACGCAAAGAUUGGCUCGGGCGCGCGUUUCAAAAGGGAUAUGCUCGCUUAUCUGAAAGCGUACGGACCUAAAAAGACCGGCCCAUUGGUUGAGCAACUGGGUGGCUAUGACUUCGGCUCUAUCCACGCUGCCCUCAUUGCCAGUGUGCCGUCCAAAAAACAUGCCAGUGACUCCAGCUCAGAAGAGGAUACACUAUGGGGGUGGCCUGCCCUGAAAGACUUGAUGAGCCAAGUACCCAUCCAGCAGAAAAACCCAACCAAGAAACCACACAUAGUAAUCCAGAUCUCUUCAGUAGCAACCCUCGGCCAAACAAACAAAUGGCUCAAAGACGUCUUCUUCAAAGCCCUCACCCCAACAAAAACACCACAACCAACAACCUACUCAAUAAUCUUCCCAACCCUAGACGAGAUCCGCCGCUCCUUAAACGGAUACAACUCCGGUGGCUCAAUCCACAUGAAAACCCAAAGCGCAGCACAACAAAGGCAACUCCAAUACAUGCGUCCGCAUCUCUGCCAAUGGGCAGGCGACGCCAUCCCCCCAGGCCAAUGCAUCGAUCUAUCCGAAGACAAUCCUCCAAAGCGCGAAGCAGGCCGCGCUCGCGCAGCACCACACAUCAAGACUUACAUCCGCUUUGCGGACUCAGAUAUGAAGACUAUCGACUGGGCGAUGGUGUCGUCGGCGAAUCUGUCUACGCAGGCGUGGGGCGCGGCGACGAAUGCGACUGGCGAGGUGCGCAUUUGUAGCUGGGAGAUAGGUGUUGUUGUUUGGCCGGAUCUUUUCCGAGACGGGGGUUGUGACGAUGCUGCAUAUGAAUCUGCUUCUAAGUCCCUAGCGGAAGGGGAAUCCCCUGUGCCGGACGCGUUAAUGGUUCCUUGCUUUAGGCAGAAUCGUCCUCCUGUGACUGAGGGGCCCGAGACAGCUGCUGUGGUCGUCGGGUUCCGGAUGCCUUAUGAUCUUCCGUUGACGCCGUACGGUGCGGGUGAUGAGCCGUGGUGUGCAACUGCUGAGCACGCUCUGCCGGACUGGCGGGGAGAGAGCUGGAUUGUUUGA